AUGUUUAGGUUUAUGUUGCGGUAUGGUUGCUUGGGUAGCCGCCACCUUGCAGUGUAUCAGAGAUACCAACUGACUGUCUAGUAUCAGAGAUACCAACUGACUGUCUAGUAUCAGAGAUACCAACUGACUGUCUAGUAUCAGAGAUACCAACUGACUGUCUAGUAUCAGAGAUACCAACUGACUGUCUAGUAUCAGAGAUACCAACUGACUGACUAGUAUCAGAGAUACCAACUGACUGACUAGUAUCAGAGAUACCAACUGACUGACUAGUAUCAGAGAUACCAACUGACUGACUAGUAUCAGAGAUACCAACUGACUGACUAGUAUCAGAGAUACCAACUGACUGACUAGUAUCAGAGAUACCAACUGACUGACUAGUAUCAGAGAUACCAACUGACUGACUAGUAUCAGAGAUACCAACUGACUGACUAGUAUCAGAGAUACCAACUGACUGACUAGUAUCAGAGAUACCAACUGACUGACUAGUUAUUAAAAAGCUGGCAUCAUGUGGCCCACCAGUGCAGAGUCCAGGCACUUACCUUUCAUGGCAUAAGAGGGGCAAUUACAAGUUUUUUGUUUCCUGUUGAGGUGAUAAUGUAACAUUGGCCCCAAAGUGCCAUUGCCCUGAAUAGGAUACAAGCAUGUAAGGUGUUAGCCUUGUAUUCUCCAUUACCUGCUAAACCAGUGGGGGCAGGACAAUACCUUGGAAAUGACAAAAAUUGGCAAAUGGACUGGAGGUAUAGAAAACUUGCCAUGUGAGCUACAGAGAAACUUCCAACUCAUGAGUGACCUUGAUCAAAGAACAGAAGAUAAGAAGAAGGAGAUUGAUGCUUUAGCAAGCGAAUAUAUUGCUAAGGUGCGGGACUACACCCCUGAGCAGAGAGUACAGCACCUUCAAAAAAUUCAGUCUGCCUAUAGCAAAUGCAAAGAGUACAGUGAUGAUAAAGUGCAACUGGCCAUGCAGACCUACGAAAUGGUCGAUAAACAUAUACGAAGGCUGGAUGCUGAUCUGGCCCGCUUUGAGGCUGAUCUUAAAGAAAAACUGGAAGGGUCAGAGUUUGAUAGUCCUGCAGGACGUGGAGUAAAGAAGAAUAGAGGUCAAAAAGAAAAACGAGGGUCAAGAGGACGCAGAGUAUCUGAAGAGGACACUGUAAAGAAAAAGAAAAUGAAAGGAGGGCCUGUAUAUGCUGAUUCAGUCCUGUCUGUGACCCCUUCGGAUGUCUUGGAUAUGCCAGUGGAUCCCAAUGAACCCACAUACUGCCUUUGCCACCAGGUGUCCUAUGGGGAAAUGAUUGGUUGUGACAAUCCAGAUUGUCCAAUUGAAUGGUUCCAUUUUGCCUGUGUGGAUCUGACCACUAAACCUAAAGGGAAAUGGUUUUGUCCCCGCUGCACUCAGGAGAGGAAGAAAUGAUUUCAGUAAAGUUUGCUAGAAAAGCAGUCUUUAUUUUCUAUUCUUGUACCAUCUCUGUAAUUGGUCCUGCCACUGGAAGGGUUCAUAUUGAAGCACUGAGGCAUUGCUUCUCUCCUGUGCUGAGUGUAUACAAUAUUUUUCUGGGGGGGGACUUUGUUGCACUUUAGGUACCACUGUCCGUUACAUCAGAAACUCAUAAUUUUCCUUGUUAUCCAAGGGAAAUUCAUACAUCAACCAAAGUGACAAAUAAUGUAUUAAUGCUUUUUUUUCUUUUUACCUUUGUGUGUCAGAUGAGCCAAAUAAGUCUUGCACCUUUUAUGGUUUUAUAGUUUUUGUUUUUUUUCAAGGGGAAUUCAAUCCCCAAAUAACAAUUGAAUGUGAUGCAUAAUGUAAUGAACAUGCACAUUUUCUCUGCCUCUUCAGUAAGGAGACAAUUUGGUCCUUAUGACAUUUAACUAUACAGUGAAUGUAGGUCAUUAAAGAGCCCCGUUUAGUUAAAAUAUCACAUGCUGGCUUUAUUCUGCAUACAUUGUUUUUUUGUUACUCUCCUGCUGCUCCUUUUUAGAACUUAAACUUUUCAUAUCCAGUAGCUAAUCCUCAGCAAAAGGUCUAUAGUGUUAGUAGCAGUCAGUAUUUAGCCUGGAUUCUUAAGCAUGGAUUCUUUGCCAUGGUAGGGCAUUUAUUGUAAAGAAAUUUUUGUUAUAUACAGGUGUUAAAAUAUACAGUGCUGGUAACCCAGCCUCCUGUGUGUAUUGAAAAAUGAACCAUUCCAUUUCUUUAUGCUGGCCUUCUACAUUAAGAACCUCAUCUUUUGCAUGCUGAAAUUUAUAUACUAAGCAUUUGUCUGUCCAACUAUUUUGCUGAUAGUUUGUAAUCUGAGAUGGUAAAAAGCACAUAUGGGGUUCAGCUAUAAGAUUAAGUUCACAUUUUGUUAUCCAUCUUUUAUUCAAAUGGUUUUGUGCCCUACAUUUAACUAUUCACAUUGUAUUUAUUCAUUUUGAUAAAUCCAUACACUAUUAAAUGGUUGGCUUGAAUUUAGUGCCAAGGAAGGUUCCUGCUAUAUAAAUUGACAUGCAGGCUGUAGGCUUUUGUAGUAACCUGGUGCAUUUACUCUAGCCAGGAAACCUAUAGCAACCAAUAAGAAAUUUCUGAAGUCCAACAGAGAGCUGAGGUGUGUGAGCUUAUUUUUAUUACAUAGGUCAGACUAAACAGCUCUGCAUGAAGAAAUGCCUGAAUCUUUUCAGAAAUAACUCAGAAUGUCAUGCAGUUGUAUUUGAUAUAAAAAUUCCUCCUGAUACUGGGAACUACAACUCUGCUACAUGGGCACCCCAAAUUUAUAUGUAAUUCUUAGAGACAUCAGCCUUUGUCUUUAUCCCACCCCUCCUUUGCUAGUGCAAGCUCGGAAAUGUAGAGAAGUCAAGAGUAUUUAGUGCUGCUGUAAACCAGAACUGGAGCACAUGUAGAAAAUGUCAGAUGUUUAAUAAUGAUAAGUCCAGUGCACAUGGUGCCACUACACCCCAUCCUAUCCUUUUUGUUCUUCCUUGAGAUUGUAUAUACUUUUCUAAAGAGAUUAUAAGUGCUUUAGCGCCUGUCAUAGUCCCAAUGGGCCAUUAUGUGUAACAUGUUAAAGCCCCAUUCUAUGAAACAACUUUAUGUAAGAUCACCAAAGAUAAUCUCACCCAGAAUAUCUGCGCCUGAAAGAAAGUUCUGGAAUUUAAGGUGUUGUUCAACUUUAAGUUAACUUUUAGUUAAUUUGCAAUUUUUCAUUUUUUGUUUUUGUUAUUUAGCUUUUUGUUCAGCAGCUCUCCACCAUGGAAUUUCAGCAGCUAUCUGGUUGCUAGGGUCUUAUUUACCUUAGCAACCAGGCAGUGGUUUGAACGAGAGACUGAAAUAUGUAUAGAAGAGAGAAUGAAUGGAAAUAUUAGAAUUAAAAAGUAACAAUAAUAAUAAAAUUGUUAGCUCAAAGAGCAAUAGUUUUUUUGGCUGCUCUGGUCAGUGACCCCAAUUUGGAAAAUAGAAACAGGGCUGGAACUUGGGGUAAAUACAUAAUGGAGACCAAUUGCGAAGUUGUUAGGAAUAGGACAUUCUAGAAUAAAAGUUAACUUCAAGGUAAACAACCUUUUUUAAUGCUGGUCUAGGUGUACUAUUAUUUAAAUAUUCACUUAGUCUUGUACUGGCCUGGCCUCCCUUAAACUAUUUACAUAACUACAGAAUAUGCAGCAUCCUAAUGGGUUAGGCUUGACAUGAUGUACCCCCUGCACAAAGCUUGCUGUACCCGCCUGGCGGAAUGCAUUUCUGUGACAGGGAGGAAACAUGUCUCUGAUAUUGUUUCCUGAAGCAAUGUAUCUAAAGCAGCCUUUCUCUUGCUCUGCUGGAAACAUCACUGCCCAUGCAUCAGAUAUGCUGAGCAACAAUUGAGCCAGUCCAGUAAGCACAAUGAGCACGUGCAGGCCCUUCAGUGGCAGAGAGAAGGCUGACUAAGAUUAGUAACCUAUGGAACACAAAGGGGAGGCAGUAACACUCACUGCCAUGAGUCUACUGUACCUCUGGGCUGGUACUGUGCAAGAAGUGCACCAUUUGUAGCCUAAUAUUGUUGGUGUGCCGUUCCCAGCUUUUCUGUAAAUAUAUAUAUAAUACAGAAAGAUAUAUAUAUAUAUAUAUCUAUAUAUGAAUAUCUCAGAUUGUAUGUAUAGAUGUUAUGUUAAAGACAGAUUCAUAUGAGAGCAAUUCAUUUAUUCAAAUACUAUAUAUAGAGAGAUUUUAAUUUCAGGUGACUUCUCCUGUAUAGAGAAGUUUCAUUACUGUUGGAACUGUUAUUAAAAAAAAAAUCAUCCCUAAUAUUGUUCCCCAAAGGAUUUAAAAAAAAUAAAUAAAAUUAUAUAUAUAUAUUGAGGUGCUUGUUACUUCUAUUCUGUUUCCAGAAUUCUAGGCAUGUCAACAAAUUAAGGUAUUAAGCUUGUUUAGUUAGAUCUUGUGUAAUUUACUUUGUUAUUGUGUGGAAAGUUAAAAUCUAAAUGCUUUACACUAGAGUUACGGGAUGCCUGAUUCUUUCACCCUUCCAUGUUUGCCAUGAAGUUCUGCUCGGUACAGAUAGAAAUUGUUGUCGUAAUUCACAAUAUGUCUGUCUGGUAAUAAAUGUCACCUGUCAGCACAUGGCAUUCAGGUUAGAUAAUGUAAGAAUUAAACUGACCAAAUUUGUUGUUAUCUGAAGUCAUUUAGAGGUUAGGGGAUACUAGGUAGUAUAAUUGUUUUUAUACCUGGAAUGGCAAAAUUCUAGUGGCUCGCCGCUUGUGUGACGGUAACUGGCUGAAGGGCAUGGCUACUCACAGUGCUUUCACUUGUGAACAAAAUACCAUAGUGCCAUAGCCUUUACACAGGAAUUGUCAUUGUGAUAAAACCUCUCUGUAGGUGCUGCUUAAUAAAUCUGUUUGGCAAAUAGUCAUUUUUUUUAUUUCCAUUAUAAAAUACUUAAAGCCAUAUUUGUGGAGAGUUUCUUUAUUUUUUCCUUUUUUUUUUUUUCUCAACCCUUUGCUGGCUGUCCAGGAAUAUGUUCCUUCAGUCAGAAAGGUAUAAACAAAUGUAUCAAACGGGUAGAUGUGUCAGUUCAUCACAGUGUGUUUGGCCAAGAAUAAUAUGGACAGUUGGUGGGACAAAUUUCUUUAGCAUGAAAAAUAAAUAGGCAAAGAUGAUUUGAACUAAAAUAAUUUUAUAGACUUAAUUGAAUCAAGUCUAAAGGUGUCAAUACACAGAUCUAAUUGGCAGCUUAUUGGUCUUGUGUGGGGUCUGUCUGCAAGGAUGGCAUUGGCACGUUGAUGUCGUCCUCUCCUAACAGGAAUACAUAGAUGCCAAUUGGAUCGACCUAUUAUAUAAUAUUUAGCAGCAAUUGGCACAUUCCUGGGAUUUUCACAUCCCAUAGAAGCCUUACCAAGGCUAUUCUAUCACUAGAGAGAGCAAAGGAAUUAUGCAAGCUUUUGCUGUUGCAGUUUCACAAUGUUCCCAAAGCUCACUGUGCAGAAUUAUGUAAAAUGCAGUUUCCUGUGACGGGAUUAUUUUUGGCCAUCUUGAGUAAAGCUUUAUAUUGUUGGGUACAUUCUUACAUAAGGGAAACUGCACCGUGUAGAGAAUAUCUAAAGACAAACCGAACUUGUAUGCUUAUUAACCAUAGACAGGUGAUUGCCUAUGUUUUUCAAGUCAUCAGACAUUUUAUUUAAAGAGGAAAUGUACCUAUUUUAUAAGCAAAGAGUGUAUUUUGUUUAUUUUUGCUUAAUUAUUAAAGCAUGAUGGUUUCAGUAAACAUUUCUUUUCAGCAUAUUCACCCUAACAGAAAUACAGAAAUCUGCAAAGUGCUCUCUUGCUUGCCUAAGCUUAGCCAGUGGGGCUGAUUCUCCUUUGUAGGUGCUCAUCUGCACCAUGGCAGUUACCCUUGGCAAGCAAACUGAUCUUUUCUUCCAUUCUCUUACUUGUAGGUGUCUUGUUAAAACUAAUUGUUAAUUGGUUACUAAGUUGAACUGCACUGUACCAACUUGUAAAUGAGCUUUAUUAUCUAUAGAUAUAUCAAAACAGCAUAAGCAUCUACUUUUGACCACCUCGUGGUGGCAUUUGUAGAUUGUCUAAGCCCUUGAUCAUAUUUCCGAGUCUGUACAAACAAAACUGUUGUUUUUGCUACAUAAUGGAGAAUUUAAUCUUUAAGGAGACCUAAAGCUUAAUAAAGAAGUAGGCUAGAAAUGCUUCUUUAUGUUUUGGACUUGUUUACUUGCCCAAGGCAACCACAGCCCUUUAGCCGGGAAGAUCUGUGCCCCCAAAAUGCCCCAGUAGCUCCCAGUCUUACUUUCUGCUGAUUCCCUACACAUGCUCUGUGCUGCUGUCACUUACCUGAGCUUAGGGAUCACAAUAUACAGUACAAGGCUAAUUAGUAAUUCAGAUUCACAUUACAUGAGAGCACAGAAACCAGUAUAUUCUGUAUCAGAAUUUAAUAAUCAGCCCUGUACCAUCAGCUUCUAUAGCAGACGAACUUCAUUUUCUGCUUGAUGAUUUUCAACGACCCCUUAGCUUCGUUUCUGCACCGCUGCCAAGAACACAGUGAGCAUGUGCAAGAUCCAAAAUGGUGAAAUCCUAUGGACAGUUUUAAGGCCUUAAUCAUUACUGCUGUAGGUCUACUGAAUCUCUCUGCUGGUACAGUAAGUUUCAGUAUAAAGAAUACAGCAUUUCGCACUACAUUCUCUUUUAGACUUUAGUUCUCCUUUAUGACAUUUAUAAAUAAGCUUUAUUUUACUCUCUAGGGACUGCUAUUUUCACUUUUUUUUUUUCAUCAGGAACCUAAAAGUACACAUGUAUGGAACCAGAGGCAAAGUGUGAUUUUCAUUGCGGUUUGUCCUGAUGCUGAAUGCCAUUUUUGGUUUCACUGCAUAGAAAUCAUACAGAAGGGAGACCAGUGCAUGAAUCCCGUAGUUAGUGUUACAGAUUUAUGCUGCACUGAGGUGGCAAAGAGAGAAAGAAGUAUAUAUCAUUUACUGUUGGCAGAGCUUUAAGCAAUGAAGUGUCAACUUGCAAAAUGUUUAUUGAAGGAUUAUAUAAAAAUAAAUAUAUGUAUUUUUGGAUCAUGUUGUAUUGGUGUAUUGCUGUUCAUAAAUAAAAUAUUUUUGAGUUAUCUUGUCAA